GGGAAGGCACACGUUUUUUUUUUUAAUAAAUAGAAGUCUAGUAUAAGUGUACAUCAUUAUAUUUGCAUUUUUUACAAGUGAUUACGAAAUUGUCAUAAUUUUUUUGCUCAGUCAAUGAAAACAAAAAUAUCAGUAACUAAUAAAUUAACACCUCAAACAAAAAACUGAGCAAUGUUUUGGGUAAUAUUAGGACUUGCUGUGUUCGCGUGUGUACUUUACCGAGUGCGGAGGAGAAAGCUUUACAAAAUCAGUGAGGAGUUUCAGAGCGGGGCUACGUGCUAUCCAGUCAUCGGACAUACAUACUUGAUGAAAAAUUCUGACGCAGAUGGCACCGUUUGGUUUAAAUCUCUGGGGCGGCUAGCCAUUGAAAAUGGAGGCGUCAUAAGUGCGUGGAUAGUAAAUAAACUGUACUUAGUUGUUGCUGAUCCGGAUACCUCAGAAGUCAUAUUAAAGAAUUGUAUGGAAAAAGGUUACGUCACUCAAUUCAUACGAACAAUGAUUGGCAAUGGCAGUAUAUUUGCAGCAGUUGACAUUUGGCGGCCGCGGCGAAAAGUUUUAGCUCCAGUCUUUAGUAUGAAGAACCUUAACGAAUUUGUAAAAGUAUUUGAUAAGCAAAGCAUGAUCAUGGCCGACUUGCUGGAGCCGAUGGCUGGAGGCGCUGACUUCUCCGUUUGGAGAUAUUUCAACACUUACACGUUCGAUUCAGUUUGCGAAACAACGCUAGGCAUCGACUUGAACAGUCAAAAAAACCCAGAGCACAAAUUCCUCAUCGCGUUCGACUUUGUAUCGCAAGAGCUGGCGAAGCGAAUGGUGUCGCCCUGGAUGUAUCCGGAAUUCAUUUACCAGUUGAUGCCCAGAUACAAGCAAUUUGACUACCACAGGAAAGUCAUACAUGAUUUUGUCGAUGAGAUAAUAAAAAUUAAACUACAACAGCUUUCUACAUGUCCAAAAGGGGAUAAUACGGAUAUCAAUGGCACUGAAAAAACGUUCUUAGACAUGAUGAUACAGUCGUCAGACCGGCAAGAGAAGAAGUACUCGGACCUGGAGCUGCGCGAGGAGCUGAUGGUGAUCGUGAUGGCCGGCACCGACACCUCCGCCGUGGGCGCCUCCUUCGCCGCUGUCAUGCUGUCCCGGCAUCCUCAAGUUCAGGAGAAACUGCACCAUGAGUUAGAUGACGUAUUCGGUAACUCGGACCGAGCCCUGACCGUGGAAGACCUGCCGAAUCUCAAAUACUUGGAGGCGGUCAUCAAAGAGACUUUACGACUGUACCCUCCAGUGCCCCUCACAGCGAGAGAAGUCACGAAUGACGUGAAAUUGCCAUCAGGCAUCACUGUGGUGAACGGCGUAUCAGUAGUACUGGACAUCUGGGCGAUGCAUCACAAUCCUACCUUCUGGGGAGCUGACACGGAGCAGUUCCAGCCGGAGCGGUUCCUGGAGGGGCCGCUCAAGCACCCGCUGCAGUUCCAGCCCUUCUCGCUGCCCAUGAGGAAUUGUCUAGGUUACAACUAUGCCAUGAUGUCUAUGAAAACUAUGUUGGCCAACAUGCUACGCCGCUACAGGAUCCUGCCGCCUAGCCACAUGAACGAGCGCGAGCUCAAGGAACCCUUGAAAGUCACGUUUGACGUAAUGAUGAGGCACAUAGACAAUUAUGAAGUGAGGCUGGAGAAACGAAUAAAAUAAAAACAUCGACGAGUCAGACUAAGUAUAUUUACCCAAAGUUCACCUAAGUCAGGUAGUUCAUACAUUGCUGAAUCGAUGUGUGACACCGUGGGUUUGGUUCGAGAUAUAUACCUAUGUAUAAUUACGUAGUUAUGUAAAUAAAACUUGGAUUUUUAGUCCCACUGUUAAUUCAAUACACAAGUAACACUCA